AAGGGAGGAAAUAAGGGCAGAAGGGCAGAAGGGCAGAAGGUAUAUGAGCUUAAUUUGCCCUACAUGUAGCCUCACAGGUAGCACUUCCUUUCAUGCAGUGUAACCCCGCCUCCUUCUGUUUGACUGGGAGACUUGUGCACUAAGAUGAAAGAAAUCAAACCAUGUGAUUGGUGGAGACACCCUUCAGCCUGUGAGACUCCACUCAGGGGCAACAAAUCCUCACACUCUCCUGGAGGGGGAUGAGAAGGAUUAAAGCAGAUUACAGUUUACACCAGCAGAGGAGAAGUGGAAAGACCAGUACAGAGAACCAUUGGACCCAACUGGACCAUACUGGACUAACUGGGCUAAACUAUACCAAACUGGGCCAAGCUGGAGUAACUGGACAGAUUGGACCGAAGUGGACUAGGGCCAACUAAAUUUGGGUAGUAACUUACUGGACUGAGCUGGGUGGUGGUCUUGGAAGUGGAGGUGGAGGUGGAGCAGACUGAGGUGGGCUGUACAGGUCCAAACUGGUCUGAGCCGGUCCAAACUGGUCUGGGGAACAGGCAGGCAACUGGAUGGAUGGUUUUCAGGCGUACGGGGCGGGGAAGGCAGGUGGAGCUUUUGAACCCCAGACCUUUUUGAGGCAACCUCAGACGGUGGUGAGGAUCCUCUGCUGGCUCUUCUCGAUCGUGAUCCUCGGCUGCAUUGCCAAUGAGGGUUACGUCAACCGUCCUGAAGAGGUUGAAGAGUUCUGCAUCUUCAACCGCAACCAAAAUGUCUGUAACUUUUCUGUCGCCACGGGAACUCUGUGUUUCCUCUGCUGCAGCGCUUUCCUGGCGCUGGACCUCUACUUUCCUCAAAUAAGCGGCGUUAAGGACAGGAAGAAGGCUGUUAUGGCUGAUAUUGGCGUGUCAGCUGUCUGGUCUCUGGUCUGGUUCCUGGGUUUCUGUUUUCUGGCCAAUCAGUGGCAGGUAUCUAAAGAAGAAGACAACCCUUUAAAUGAAGGUGCAGAUGCUGCGAGAGCUGCUAUCAUCUUCUGCUUCUUCUCUGUUUUUUCCUGGGGAGGUCUCACUCUGCUGUCCAUGGAGCGCCUGAAGAGAGUCUCAUUCGAAGAAGAAUACAACAAACUAUUCAGCCCGCCGAUUGCUUGAGACACACACACACACACACACACCAUGACGCAUGCACACACACACAAACAAAUAACCUCACCUUUCUCCUUCAGCCAAUCGGAGACCAGCAUCCCUGUGCCUCCUGCUUCCUUCUCAGCAUUGGCUGCCUGAAGUGCCUGUAAUCCAAAGUGCCUUCUGUGAUGUUUGUUUUCCUCAGCAGUGUUUUUCCUUUUCAUUAUUAUUGAUAUUAUUAUUAGACAGUAAUGUCCUGAUAUUUACAAUGAUGUCAUCCUAUAUUUUGAUCCAUUACAAUGACGUUAUGACCUGUGAUGAAGAUUAAAGUUAUAAACUAUGA